AAAUAACUACUGUUUAUUGAUAAAGCACUGAUAUGAUCUAUUUUUAUCCCUCUCCACACUGCACAGCCCUUUUUUAUCUUACAGGCCCUUCAAAUAGCUUCAUGUUGCCUGUUAUAAAGUAAUCAGCUGACAUUUCAAAGUAGAGAAUCUAUUCCCUGACCUUUCUGUGUUUACCGAGGCAUUUUGAGAGAGCUUUACAGAGAGCUUUCUCUACUUUCAUCUCUUAAAUAUGUGAGCCUGGAACCAAUCACUUGCCUUUGAACUGAGGACUCGGGGGAAACUAACAGUCCAUGAUGCAGCAAAAUUAGAAAAACUAUUGGUAGAGAGUGACUCACUGUUAUAAAAAGCUUGUGAGAAAGUUUGAUUUCAAUGUAAUGAACCAGUUAAUUUUGAUUUUUGACUUUUAGAUGCACAUAUUUUGCCAUUUUCUCUCCUAAGCAAUCGCAGUUAGAAUACAUUUCCAAUUAUUUAUGGCUAUGGCUAUCUAUGGCUAUGAGAGCUUGGGUUAUCCAAUUGCCAUUCACUAGCUAUUAGCUUCAAGCGGUAUAUCAUGUAAUGUACUAAGAAGGAACUGUCUGUUUUCUGAGGGCCAAACAUAGCUGAACUGAACUUGCUGUGUAAUGUUUUUUAAGUCUUAAAAUAACACCUGGUCUGUGUCACAUCAUGGGAGAGGGUUGAUUUAGGGCAACGCUGAGCUAAUAUCCCCCCUUUGAGAAAUAAUUGAUGAGCAAACUGUGUGUGUGUGUGUCUGUGUGUGUGUCAGUGUGUGUGCGUGCGCGCCUGUUAUUUUUGUUCCAUGGACAGAAGGAAGCAUGCUCCAUUCCACUUGCCUGGGCAUCAUAAUGCUAUUAUACCACAUUAUGAGACAAUAAAGUGGUUGCACAAACAUCCCAGCCAGUGCUCAGACGCACAAUGUGAGUUUGCUCUCACCAAUACCACAACAUUAACACACUGCAUGUUGCUAGGUAACUAAUGGAUAGAUAUAAGUGGGAACGAUGACCACCCAACUUCAUUACAGGAGGUGCUUAGUGCUAUAAUUUAAUCAGCAUUUACAAAUUAUGGUUACUCUUCAUCAUUUUGUUGCCAUGGUCCUCAGACAGACUUCAUUAAUUUGUUUGACCUGAAUCUAUUUAAAUCUAUUUAUUGUAUUAAUGUAUACACUUAUCAAACCAUUUAUAAACUCACAAAAAAACAACUGACUACAAAAAUCACCUCAUACUAAACAAAAUAGUUGAUAUGUUGCACCAAAAGAGUGCAAUUUCUACUUACUAAAAGAAGAGAUAAAUGUUCCUCCUUGCAGGCGGGUGAAUAAUUACACUAUCUAACCAUGGAUCAUACAUGAUCCUUGCCUCCCACGUUAUGGCAGGAUAAUUGUGUUGCCAUGGCGAUGCAAUCUGCUCCUAUCACUUUGGUCCUACACCAGAUUGGAAGCAGAGGGAAGUCCACAGCCUCAGAUUCAUCUGCUUUGUUAGGUGUAAUAAACGGAUGGAGAAGUGGUUUGCUGAGAGUUUUCAGUAAACGUAUGGGCAGAGGUUGACUGUGUGUGUUUAUUCUCUUAAUAAAGGGCAGAGAAGUGUGAUGCGGUUAUUAUCAUUAACUUAUUAUUCUGCUGGACGCAUGCUGUGUGGCGAAGCAUUGUUCAAACCACAGAAAUGUAUCUUCAAAUCACAAGACCUUUCUCAGCACAUGAAGUUGCUAGUUGUCAUGGAAUUGCAGAUGUUCAAGUUUUUAAUUUUUCUGAGCACUUUAAGGACUUCUUGUCCACAUUGGCUUGAAAGACUUGUUCAAACUUGUUCAUAUUCCAUUUGCUGAAGAAGACCAUGUGAUAAGAUCGAAAGCUUCAAAACAGCUACUCAACUUGUGAUGAGAUUGUAAGCUGUGAUGGACAAAAAGCUCUUCAAGUGGAAAUUUGACAACUGGGCAACUCCAUGUGCUAAAGAAGAUUGUGUGAUACAAUCGAAAGUCUCAGAAAAGCUACUAAAUGGACCUUGUGGUGUUUUUAAGGUUAAGAAUGACCUUUCAAUCUUAGCUGCUAUAGCUUUGGAACAAGAAGACGCACAAUAUAAUCAUGAAUUUUUUGUUUAAAUUUGGAGAAACUUAAGAGGGAAUCUAAGUGUAAAUAUCUACAGUAUCUUGGCUCUGUUCAAUGAACAGUUGUACUCUGUAAAAAUCAAAAUUCAUGUUUUUGUUAUGUUCGGUCAGGGACUUAUUAAUUAUUUCCAAAUGUACUGUACAUUUUGAGGACGUCUGCAGAACUUCUCCAUGUUUGUGCAAACCCACUAAUAAUACCCGUAACCUCCACUUGUGGUAUAAUUUUCUCUACAUGAUACACAGUUUGAAUAUGACUGUGUGGUAAUAAAAAAGAAAGCACAAAUAUGGUGCUGUUUUUUCCAGUGUGUGGUAGGCUUCAUGCAUAUCAAUGCAACUUCUGAACGUGAACAUGGUGAGUGGGCGUGAGAGUGGAAAGCUGGGCAGCUGGGUGCCAAAGGGUUACAAAUACAUGCAGUUCCCCAGAGUGGUUCAGAGCAGACCCUCAGCAAUGAGUACUACUGUGUGUUGUGUUUAUACUACAAGCUCCCAGGACCCAAAUCAGUGUUUGAUAAGCAAAAAGGGGUGUUGUUACCAUCAUGUAGGGAAUUAAUCACCUCAUCAUAAAGUGGCUAUUUAUUUCAACAUGUGACAUUUAUCUAAUUAUGAAUUCCAGUAAGAAACCAUUUUAUUAGCUUGAGAGUAUUUCACACAGGCUUCAUUGCUGCGGACGGGCAGCAGGUGGUUUAUCUUGAUUAUUUUUUCUCUCCUGAAGGAUCCUUAACCUCUCCUCCUCCCACGCAGACCUCCCAGGCGCUCCUCUCCGCCGGAGGCUCCGUGCAGCACAAGCCGCUUGAUAGUAAAACGGGAGAUAACAGUGAAGAUGAUGAGGGGAGAUACGGUAUGUGGGCUACGCUAGUUCAUUAUCUGCUGCGUGGUGGAGAGAGAGGUAUCCACAUGACGGUGUGAGGAGCGUCUUUGGACGUGCAGAGCGUCUUCGGUGAGGACAACCAGUUGAAGACGGAAGGAUCUAAAGGCAGAGAGGAAACAUCUGACUUGAUCUUUUCUGUUUCUUUUGUAGCCUAUAGCUGAUUUUUCACAAGAGAAUUACAAGAAAGAAAACAUGCAUUUUUUCCCACGAGACCUGCCUCCUGGACCAGGUGCUGGAGCUGAUUAUGAACGAGAAGCCCCCCACUAGUGCUAGUCUUUUCCUAAACGAGGACGCAGACAAACCCCCCCUGCCAGAGAGAGGAGACUUGAGGAGGCGCCUACGCAGGGCCAUGGAGCGGAGAGCCAGCAGCAUGAAAGAAAGGAUGAGCUCCAUCAGUAGGAACAGCGUCAAAGGUUUCCUCAAGAAGAACCUGUUCGUUCUGUUUACUGUUGCCGCUGUCGCUCUGGGUGUAAUCCUAGGAUUUGCUCUACGCCCCCACAACCUGUCCCUGAGGGAGAUCAAGUACUUUGCCUUUCCUGGGGAGCUACUAAUGAGAAUGCUACAGAUGCUGGUGCUGCCUCUCAUCGUCUCCAGUCUGGUCACAGGUAUUUCCUCCUUGGACAGCAAAGCGUCAGGUAAGAUGGGUGUGCGUGCAGUGGUCUACUACAUGGUGACCACCCUGAUUGCUGUGUUCAUCGGCAUUGUCAUUGUGAUAAUCAUCCGGCCGGGAAAAGGCAGCAGGGAGAGUCCUGUGGCCAACAGUGGAAACAUAGAACCAGUUCAGGCUGCUGAUGCUUUCCUGGAUCUCAUCAGGAACAUGUUUCCUCCCAAUCUGGUAGAGGCUUGUUUCAAGCAGUAUAAAACUGUGUACAAGAAGAUUGUGCACACAAGGAACGUGACAGUGACCAUGAACCUCACCGACUCUCUCAACGUGACACAGUCGAACUUGAGCGUGAACCUCAGCAGGGUGCUGCAAUCCAUACAGGAGACAGUGGAGGAGACUGUCCCUGUGUCCGGCUCCUCUGCCGGAGUGAACGCUCUGGGUUUGGUGGUUUUCUCCAUGUGCUUCGGUCUGGUCAUUGGCAACAUGAAGCAGCAGGGCCAGGCCCUCAGGGACUUCUUUGACUGCCUGAAUGAAGCCAUCAUGAGGCUGGUGUCCAUCAUCAUCUGGUAUGCUCCAGUGGGGAUCCUGUUCCUGAUUGCAGGGAAGAUUGUGGAGAUGAAGAAUCUGGCAGAGGUGGGCGGCCAGCUGGGGAUGUACACCGUGUCGGUCAUUGUGGGUCUCCUCAUCCACGGCCUCUUUGUCCUGCCACUGCUCUACUUCCUGGUGACCAGGAAGAAUCCCUACAGCUUCAUUGGUGGCCUGCUGCAGGCACUCAUCACUGCUUUGGGAACCUCAUCUAGCUCUGCUACCCUGCCCAUCACCUUCCGCUGUCUGGAGGAGAACAACCGUGUGGAUAAACGAGUGACACGUUUUGUCCUCCCUGUGGGUGCCACCAUCAACAUGGAUGGCACCGCCCUCUACGAGGCUGUGGCAGCCAUCUUUAUUGCUCAAGUCAAUGACAUGGACCUUAACUUUGGCCAGAUUCUCACCAUCAGUAUCACAGCAACUGCUGCCAGCAUCGGAGCAGCAGGCAUCCCUCAGGCUGGCCUGGUUACCAUGGUGAUCGUAUUGACAUCGGUGGGACUGCCCACAGAGGACAUAACACUUAUCAUUGCUGUGGAUUGGUUCUUGGACCGCUUGCGUACCACCACCAACGUGCUGGGUGACUCGCUCGGGGCUGGCAUCGUGGAACACCUUUCCCGUGGAGAGCUACAGAGUCAGGAUGCUGAGGUGUGCAACUCUGUAAUCGAGGAGAAUGAGAAGCCCUACCAGCUUAUCUGCCAGGAAAACGAUUCUCUCAAUCACCGCAACAGUGAGACCACAAUGUGAAGACAAGAGCUACACCCUUAAGGACUUCAUGUACCAAAAGCAUUUUAUCUAGAAGGUGGCCUUGCAAUGGUGCAGGGACAGUCUUAGAAAAUAAUAGUUCUUGGUCAACUCAGCCAGAGCUUGGGGUAAUACAAAGCCAGGCCUGGGGCUGUUUAAUGACAGUAAAUAAAUACACAUGCUGUUUAGGGAACAGUUACACAUCCUAUGCCAACAAUGUGAUUCAGUGUUUUUGCCUGGAGUGCCAGUUAUUUGGGGGCUGUUUGAUAACAAUAUUCAAUGUCAGGCAAGCUCAAUAUCUCAAACUUCAGCUUCAUCGUGUUUUCAAAGAUUUGUAUAAUUUAUGAUCCAUUCAGUCAGAGCAUCAUAAACUCCUUACCAGCAUCAGUGUUAGAAUAUACAGUAUUAUUGUAGAGAAACAUCACCAUUAAGCAACAAUAUGUGAACCAGCUGAUUUUCCAAUCUUCUGAAUAUGUAAAUCUGCAUAAUUUGACUGUUUCUGUUGCAUGACUUAACACUUAAUACAUAUUAUUUAUUUUGCAAACACUUAUUUUUGUCAUUCUUAUUAUGACUACCUCUAAUAGGACUUGGAUAUGGAGCUUCUACAGUACUACACACAAAAAUACUCAAUGGAGCAUAUCAGCAGGAUGUAAAUACAACAAUCUCAGAAUUGUUUUGAAUCCUUUAUUUAAGUUUUGAAUAUAAUUGUUAUCUAAGUUUGCUUGCUUACAAUGUAAUUGUAAAAUUUUGAAUGUACUUGACUGUUAAACACCGGAGGUGUGACGGAGAAUCUUUGCUACUUAUUAUUUUGAAGCUGAUAUAUUUUGAAGUUGAUACAUUUAAAUUGACUUGGUAGAAUAUUUUUCAAUCAGUGCUUUCUUAGUACAUUAUAUUUGUGUGUAUUUCCUGUAUUUCUUUGGUGCUAUUGCUUUUAAACUAUGGGUACAGGACUGUACUGCUACACAGAAAUUUCACACGAAUACCUGCAGUUAUACUUGUUCUGAAACUCUUUUUUCUUUUACUUCAAUUAUCCAGUUAUCCUGGGAGAGGUAAAUAUCAAACGAGAAUGAUCAAUUUUUCUUUCUUUUUUUUUCUAGAGUAAAAGUUCAGAUUUUUUCCAUUUUAAGGUUUGAUUAAUGUUGUAUUGGAUCUUUUUUUUAAAUUACUGAUUCAUAAAGUAUAAACAACUGUAGUUUUAAGACCAUUAGAAGACUUUUGGUCAUAACAAUAUGCUUAACAUCAGUAUACCAUUUCACCUGCCUGUCUGUGUUUUCUGCUUUAUAAGUCAUACUUGAAUGUGUUAUUUCAGUUGGUUAUAUUUUGACUGGAAUAAUAUAUUGCAAGCUAAUGAUUGAUUGAUUUUUUAUCGUUUUGUGAAAAGGUACUGUGAAGAAAGUUUGUGAAUGCCUUGAGGAAUUGAAUGUACAGUUGCUUUAUGCUUUUUGGUGUUGAUUGUUUUAGAGGAAAGUGUAGUGUAUGAUUAUGAAAGUUAUAUACCAUUUAAUUGAAAGCUCUUCUGACUUUGUGUCACUUUUAUGUUCAUUAAGAUGUUUGACUUUAGUUUCGAUGCUUGAUGUUAUUUCAGUGAAAAGCUCAACAUUUUGAUGGACAGUUUAUGAAAAAUGUGACACAUAAAUGGCUCAGGAAUUGAA